AAAUUAAACGGAUUGCAAGGUACCGUGAAGUCGCAGAUAUUCGAACCGCAUAUCCGUCAGAUACAAUUGUCCAAGCUCAAACAUACAAGUACCUAUUUGUGGUGGGUAACCGCUACGAACAGUAUGGGAGAAAGUGAAAAAUCGCGACCAAGUUCUCUAUCAACUGAAAAAUCCGGCGGUAACUAACUAUACUACAAUACACGUAAUCACGAAAAUCGGAUGUACAACAAUGAGCUCGUCGGUUAAUAGCGACAUGUCAUUUAUUGGGUACUUUUUUCCCAAGAAUAUUGCCCGUUUGGGCAAUUUUGCAUAGCCCAUCCGGGUAUCGGUUAUCCCGAAUUUGUUACAACUGAAAAAACUACUUCUAUAUACGUAUAUAAUAUUAUAGUUUAUUAUUUGUUUUAUUUUCAGAUAUUCAGUUUAAACUCGCUAAAAUUACGAAAACUGUCAAAAUAUUCUUUUACCUCUGUUUUAAAUUAAAAUGUUAUCAAUUUUUAAAUUUCACUACGAUAUUCUAUAUUAUUUAUACCAACAUAAGUAUAGUAGUAACCUAUUGAAAAACUGAGGCGCCGAUCUAUACAAUCUUCUUAUUAAAAUAUAUAGGUGCUUAUAGUUUAUAGUGAGGUUGUUAUGAGAAGGGGGAAAGCGAGGGUGGUGAGAUCUAGUAUAGAAUUUGGGGUAUUUCUUAUCGAAUGUUGUUUAAGUCAAAAAAUAAGGACCACACUAUUUAUGCGUUAGUCGAUGUUCUCGGAAAACCUAAAUACCAAAAUCGAGUUUUAACGUCUCAUUGUAUAGCCGAUGUGUGGAAAACUGUAUUUAGUUCAGAAAUUAAAUAUUAUUAUUACUUAUAUCGGAUAUCGCCAAGCACCGACUGUGCAUAUUUCUAUCUACGGCCGUAAUUGCCUGCAAUAGAACUGACAUUAAAUAAUACAUAUAUCUAUUAUCUAUCGAUAAGUUUAGUACCUAAAACCCAUACACGUUAUUGAAACUUAUAGUGUAUACAUACUCAUCGGUACUUAAACACCGUGUUAAAGUUGCAAGUAUAGUUUUUUUACGAAAAGUAUACUCAAACGGUCAUAUUUCCGUUAUAAUGUUAUUUUACGGCUGAUUUCCACAUAUUAUUAUUAUUAUUAUUACACCUAUAUACUAUAAUAUGUUAAAUUACAAGUGCCUACGUUUAUAGACACAGGCCUUACUGUAACAACACUGCAAUCGUAAAUUUUAAAUAAUUUCCAGAUAUUUUACAGGACAGAUUUUCGAUACCCGGUUUGACUAUAUAAAUAUUAUAGUCUCUUUGCGUAAAGCGUUUUUCGUUAUAGACGAACCGACUCGCUAUUUUUGAUAUUAUAUACAUACUAAUCCCGUAUUUAUUCAGCUAUUAUAGGAUACCUCAAUAUAUACUUAUUAGUUAUUAUUAUUAAACAUUAAUAUAUUAAUUAGGAAUUAUUGCGGCCGUCGGUAAUUUCCACGCUACAAUACAAACCAAAUGGCACGUGAACGUCGAUCUCCCUUGCAUAAUUUCCGGUAGCCCGACUCCAAACGUAAAAUGGACCUACGAAAACCAAAUCAUCAACCUUCAGUCUCGACGAUUUAUCUACGAUAACUACACAUUACAUUUAGAAACCGUGACCAGCUCGGAUUCCGGGAAUUACACGUGCUCGGUCUGGAACGUAUACGGGUCGGAAAACGUCACCACUUCGUUGAUAGUAGUCGGCAAGUAUAAUAAUAUAAUAGGUAUUACACUAUUUUAUAAAAAGCAAACAAACUACAGGUAUGUAUAGUUAGUGCAAUACAAUGUGUUAGCGUUGCCGUCUAUGGCUCAGUUUACACCAGGCAUUGAUGGAAAUUGUGUAGGAGGGCUUGAGGAGUCUAAGCUAGCUCAAAACGUUACACACAGAAAUUAGCCCCUCUCAAAUUACUAAUUAGUCAUUUUUGCAAAUAUCACCAGGUAUCCUAUACUAGAUUGACCUAUUGGUUAGUCCUUAGAAAGGUAUGUCUUAUAUUAUACCUAUAACAAAUUAUCAUUUACGCUUUUGGACCAAAAAUUGUUUCCUUACUUUGAAAGGUUAGGAUUCAUUACUUAUCAUAUUUUAAUAAAGUGUUAAAAAUAACAGCAAUGAUGAAAUUAUUAUUGAUAAAAGACUGAUAAAUAAAUAUGGAAUAAGUAUCAAAUACUUACCAAUAUAGCUAGGUGUAAUAAGUAUUUAAAUUAAACAAUUUAAUAAAAUAUUAACUUUGUAUGGCUCCCAUGUCAAUGUUCAUAGCAUUUUUAUUGAAUAUUGAUGAAAAAAAAAAGAAAAUAGUGUAUAAAUUGAUUACUAAAAAUAAAUAUAUAUUUAAAUGUCAAUUUAUUUCGCGAAUUGGUAGUUAUGAACCUAGAAACUUUCAAAAUAUUUAAGAACGGAUGAAACUACUUUUCAAUCUUUGUUAGAAAUUAUAUUAUCAGUUUUAGCGCACAUGUGCGUUAUGAUAACAAGCAACAUGUUAUUAUUAAAUUGAUCAAACCUAUUAGGGGAGGCUAGUGACCAUACUACGAUUUGUCGUAUGGCGAACUUGUACAACAGAUUUUAUACACGUUCAAACUUCAUAUCGUCGUACUACACGUACAGUAAUAUACGCGUUACGAUAAUAAUUUAUGAUAUCGUAUCAAACAAAGUUGUACAAUAUGUCGUACAAUUAAUUGUAUCGUAUAUGGGACCCUUUAGAGGUUAACCGUUCUUAUAUUAAAUGUUAUCACCGGAUAUAAUGUUCUCUGUGUGCGUAUAAAUUGCAUAGACCUAGGAAAAAACUGAUUUCUCAUGAUAUUAUUUUAUUGUUAUUGGGAUGACGCUGUAUAUCGUCCAAAUGCUAACAUAUGACCAUGGUUUAAAUUUUCCUCGCACACACACGAUCAAGCACUCAUAGUGUGUAUUUGGAUUAUCGGAUAAAGUUUAGACGACAUUGCAUUUUGCUCCUACUAUCAGUGGCGCCGAACUCGGGGUACAUAUCGAGCGAUAUGUACGAUGAUAGUAGGUGGGUGGUGCUGAUUUUUUUUUUAUAUGAAAUGUGGUAGAGUGCGUGUAUGGAAAAUAAAGUUACUUAAAUAAGAUAUGAAUAAUUGUCGCGAAAUGCACGUUUAUAUAAAAUGCUCAAAAUAGACACGUGCUUAAUAUACGAUAUAUAGAACGCGUGGAUUAUUUUAAUUAUAUUAAUUGUUAUGGAAACUGGUAGUUGAAUAAUAUCAUGCUCGAUCGUUUAUUUCCAAUACUAAAUAUUUAAUGUAUUACACUAGCUUAAUGAAAGAAAAAAAACACAACUUUUUUUCAAACAAUAUUUGAUUUUUCUCAUGUGUUCAUUUUGGCAACACUGUAAAUGUCCGCGUCUUAUAAACAACAUAUGUUUUUCGUUUUCCGUAGAUAGUAAAUUCUUGCUUAUCUGAAUUUAUAACGUUCAAUAUUAAAACUCAAUUAAUUGUACUAUUUUAUAAAUUAAAACAAAUAGUUGAUUUACAGAUAACGAUAGCGAAUAGCCAAUAGUGAUUCAUUUUCGUUUAAAUGCUUAAUGCUUACUUUUUCAAGUGGUGAUUACACUUAUAGUGGUGAAUUCUGAACGUGAAUUGUUUCAAUAUUAAAGAUCCAUCGUCAAUUAAAAUCAUGGCACGAAAAUUAUAUGUAAGUACCUUUAAUGUAUUGUACUUACCUUUAAUUAUAGUAUAGUUAAUCCCUCCACCUAUCGUAUACGGUUUAUACCCAUUUUGAUAAUCCCAAUUCAUUGUGUACUGUAGAUAUACAUAUCUAUGCAAAUUAAACUUACUCUGUUCUCGUUACUUAUUAAGAAUAUUAAAAAGACUUUUAACUUUUUGUUUUUGUAUUUGACGCUUGAAAUAGAACAUAACAAUACAAUUUUUAAUUUAGAUUAAAAUUAACAGCAUAUAAAAUAAAAUAGAAUAAAGAACCGUAUAUGUAACAAAGUAGGUAUAAACAAAGUUUUGUACAUAAAAUAAACCAAAACAAAAUUAAUAUAUUUGAGUAUAAUAGAAUGGGUGAUUUUCAAUCUUUGUUAUUAGAGUCCGACUUUCAAAUUCCUCUAGCUAUUUUAUCCUCAUUGGUCCACAUUCGGGCAAUGCAUUCAAGCCUCCUUCUGUAUCAUUUGUAUGGUAUCGUUAUUCUGUAUUGUUAUGUUAUCAUAGCUCAAUUAGCUAUAGCUUAAUUCAAAGAUUAUACGAUGUGUAAAGAUAUACAUAAAACUUCCCUCUGUAUCCCAACUUUUCACCUACAACAGUGCACGGGCCCAUUUUGAGAAGUAUGUCAGUCUUUUUUUUUUUAAUAUGAUUUUCUUAAAAAAUUCAUUAAAAAGAAAAAAAUAAAUUGUUCAUUCAAAGGUAAAUUAAUAUUAUUGGUUAAGUAUUUAUAUUACCAAAAAUCGUCUAAGAAAAUUAUUUGCAAUAAUUUGAUAUAUAAGUAAUAUAUUUUUUUACCUUUUAGUACAUUUAUUAAGAAAAAUAAAAAAAAAAAUGUUUUAUUCUUGCACAGAGGUUAAUGUCAAUACAAUAAUCCUGUCAUUUUUCCACCCUUUCUCACAUGCCUUAAAAAUAUAUAAAAAUAAUUUACCAAACAUGAUUUUCUUUUAAUAAAAUGCACUAAACCUUAAAAAAUUAAUUGUUCAUCCAAAGAUAUUGGUUAAAUAUUUAUAUUAAUGAUAAAAUAAUAAUUUUAUUAAAUUUUAUCAUGACAAACUUGAUUUUUUUGUCAAAUAUAUUUUCAGAAUUUACUGUUAUGUAUUUUAUUACUAACAUUAAUUUAUUAACUAGAUAAUAUCAAUUAUACAAAAAUAUAGAUACCUAGCAUAGAAUGGCCUUAUAAUGAGAAUAUACAAUUUCAAAAUAUUGAUACUAAUUUUUAUUCAAUAAUCUUCUUUGGACAUUGAAAUUCAAAUUAUGAAUUGAUAAACUUAUUAUAUAUUUAUGGUUUAAUUUUUAAUUCUUUUGCAUUCCCCAUAUAUAGAUUAAAUCACCAAUUUAUAGAAAACGUUCACUUUACUAAAACCUUUUAUUAAAAAUAAGUACCAAUCAUUGACAUUUAUACUCUAUUGUGAAAUAAUGAAAUAUUAUACUGCAUAAUCAAAAACAAAUAAAUAGUAAUAUGUCACCAAUAAACAAAUAAUCUGCUUUAAAAAGUCUAUAAGUAUAACAAAAUAAGUGAUGGCCUUAAUUAUUUUAAACAUCAAAAACCUGAAAUAAAUUUAAUUGAUUUGUGUAAAACUGUAUUGAUCUAUAUUAAUUAAAGUGCCUGUCAAAGACUUAAUGAAUAUCAUAAAAUGUUUUGAACUGAUAUUGUACCUCAAAAAUGGAGACAAGUACAGAUAGUAGGUACUUAUUGAUCAUUUUACCAUUGGUAUAAUAGUUUUAUAGAAUUAUUGCCUAAAUUUAUUUUACUCUCUUAUAAGUAAUUACAUACCACAUAAGUUUGUGUAGUUCUUAUAACAAUAAUUUUUAAUUUUCUACUUAUAACUUUUUUUAAUAAAUAUACAAACUCUAAUAUAAUGAUUUGUAAGUUAGGAAGAUUAAGUUAUAUUCAUUAAUUCAUCACUUAAGAUUUGUUUCCAUUAUGGAAAAAGAAAAAAAAAUAUUCAAUAUCCUUCAACACAUAUCUUGUUAAUAUUACAUAUGAAUUAGGCACCAUAAUUAAAAAUCUACAAUAGUUGGGUGCCAGAUUUAGUUGAUAGUUUACAGCUUAGGUUCCAUGCUGUAGAUAGUACUAAUCAACUAGUACAGUAAUAUUAAUAAUAUUAUAGUAAAUAACUGAAAUAAUUUUCAUCCUAAUAUCUUACAGUUUAUACAAAUUUUAAAAAGUAAUUAAUUUCUCAAUUAGAGUAAUCAAAUAUUAACAUAGUAAAAUUUACCUUUGUUAUUUUUAUCAUAACUAAUUCUUAAAAUAUAUACCUUAUAUUUAAAUUUAUAAUAAUAUUUAUACACUUUCAUGAAAUAUAAUAUGAUUUAAAAUAAAAUAUAUACAAUUUUUAUUUAAAAAAUCAUCAUCAUUUUUUACCAUAAAUAUAUUUAAUAAUACAGUGUUUCUCAAACUAUGCUUUCUAGUACCUUGGGAAAAUGUAAGGGAUUCAACAACCAAUAUAGAUUAUACGAUUUUUUUUUUUAUUGGUUUCCAUAAGUCACACCUUUUACACAUUCAUUUCAUUUUCACUUUUUUAGCAGUUUUCUAUCUUAUUAGUUUAGUGUUAAUUUUGUAUUUCUGUUCUUUGAGAAUUUCACUAUAGUUUUUUACUGCUUACUUACUUUGGUACAAAAAGGGACACGUGAGCUAAAAAGUUAAAAAAAACUGCUGCAAUAAUAUAAUAUUUUUUUAAUUUAUAAUGUAUGUGAACUAGUUCCUAAUUUUUAUUUUUUUUUUUUUUUUUUUUUUUUUUUCAUAGGAUGAUGUAGAAUAUGUACACAAGUUAGUGUACGACUUAAAUGUAAAUGAAUUAAAAGAAAUAUUAGAAUUUUUGAAAGUAGCUAAAUUUGGUAGUAAACAACUACUACGAGAUCGGAUUAUACAUGUAUUGGACGGCUCAUCAAAAAUGAAAAGUCUACGAAAAAAAAUCGUACAAAUCUAUGAAUCUAGAACACAACAACCAGAUCUGCAUCAACCUUCAACAUCCCGUGCACCCGAAGUUUUUUCAACGCCAAGCCUGAGUUUUGAACAGCGCCAACUAUCAACCAUUGGUCAAGGCACUAUACAAUUUAAAAAUAUGCCAUUCUUUAAGCCAAUUAAAAAUUUAAUGGAUCCUAUAAUCUUUAAUAUUCACAUGUAUUCAUGCCAAUAUAGUGGGUUUUUUUAUUUGGAAGAUAAGGUUAGACAAUCUAUUAAAGAAACAUGGAAUAUUCCUAAACAAGAAUUUAAAAUAAAAAUAGUUUUAAGAUUUGAACAGUUUAAACCCAAGGAAAAUAUGAAUAAACGUUUGCCACACAACUUAACAGUUUCUGUAAAUGGUAAAAAAUGUAAAUUACCCACAUUAAACAUCUAUGAAAAUGGCCGUGGCCAGGUAAUUAGACCAUGGCGAGGUAAUAUUCCUAUAGAAUUAACUAAAGAAACACUUAACGAAAAUCGUUUAUGGAAUUCAUUAAAUGUUACAUGGUCUCAAGAUCUAUUUGAAUUUAAAGCUAAUAUGUAUGUAGUUGAGAAAUUGACUCCAGACGAACUACUUGUAACAGUCAAAGGAAGACCACAACGUAAAUAUGAAAAAACUAAAGAGCAAAUAAAAAAUUCAAUGCAAAGUGAUAUUGAUAUGGGUGUGGACUCAAUGUCCACUUCACUUCAGGACCCGUUGAGCAAAACAAGAAUGAUAGUACCUGCCCGAGGUGUACAUUGUGUACAUCUGCAAUGUUUUGACACAUUUCAAUUCUUAGAAUUGAACAAUCUAAAGGAAACAUGGACAUGUCCAUUGUGUAAGAAAGAUGUUAAAUUCGAAGAUAUCGAAGUGGAUGAAUAUUUUUUACAUAUUCUUCAGAGUCCAAAUUUAAGUGAGGAAUCUGAUAAUGUAAUUUUAUUCAAAGAUGGAUCAUGGUUUGAUAAAAAAAGAGUGAUUUCAAAUAGCUCUGUGUCUUCAAAUAAUCAAAUUCAAGAAAUCACAUUGUCAUGCUCAGAUGACGAUAGUGAGGAUUCAGAGUUAAAUCAACAAACUGAAACUGAACAUAUAGAAGGAUCUUACAAUUAUUCAAUAGAUAUGCCUACAGAUUCCUCUGAAGAAGAAGAAACAGAUGAAAACGGAAUAUGCGUUAUAACAUUAAAUUAAAUUAUUUAAUUAUGUCUAUUAGUACUAGUAUUAGUAUUAUUAAUUUUAUCAUUAAAUACUUAUUUAAUUUUUACUUAUAAGUAUACAUUAAAUUAUGUAUAAAUAUGUAUGCACCCGCCCACAUUAUUUUAGGACGUCUUUUUUUUUUAUAUUUAAUUAAAAUUAAUUUUUUCAUUAUUUUUUUCAUUACAUUUCUAUAUUGUGUAAUAAUAUAAAUAAUAUCAUAAUAUAAAGAGUUAUUUUAAAUCAAAUUUUGGUUAGUUUUUUGUUUAAUCUUUUUUAUGUUUGUGACUGUGUGAGGUAAAAUAUACUUUUCAAAUUUUACAUUUUGAAAAUAUAAUAAAACAUUCUUCAGAAUGGUUUGUUGCUUAAAUGAAAAUAAACCAAGAACAAAAUAGUCAAAGUAAAAAUAUGUAUACAAAUCUGUAACUAUGCUAUGCUAUUCUAAUCAAGAAUACAGUAAAAAAAAAAGUAUUGCAAAAUAUACAGUAUGUAUACAAAUUUAAUAUAUAAUAAUUAUUUUUAGUAUAUUAAUAUUUUAUUUUAUUAUUUAUAUUUUUGAAAUAUGUUCAAUAAUUAAUAUGUAUUAUAGAAAAAUAUGCAUGGAAACUAUAAAGCAAUUUAAAAUAAACAUAUAUUAUAUAUGCAUACAUAACAGUUGGUAUUUUCUAAGAAGUUCAAAUUGACAAUUGUAAUGCUAUUUGUAUCAAUAUUCAAAUUUACAGCCUAUUUGUUUGACUUUUUUUUUUUUUUUUUUACCAACACUGUACAUUUUGCAAAAUGCUUGUCUUCAUCAUUAUAAUCUUACAAUGUGAAUAAUUUGUCUUAGUUAUUAGAUGGACUGUUUAAUAAAGAAUCUUCUAAUAAAAUUGCAUUCUCACAGUUCUUACUUAAAUAUGGAUACUGAAAAAUAUUUUUAAAAAUUCAAUGACCUUUAUAUUUAACUUUUUUCUUCUUAGAUCAGGAUCUGAAAAGUGCUGCUAUUAAAACUAAACUAUUCUUGAAUUUUCUUUACUGUGAGUAUCUGCACAAUAUGUUAUUGUUGAAGAUUUUAUUUAUAUAAAGUUGCAUCAUUUUCUGUAUCAGAGGUAUUAUGUUUUAAGGUUAGUAAUAAGUAUUAUUAAGUAUACAGUAUAUGUUUAAAUUUAAUAUAUAAUAAUUAAUUUUAGUAUAUUAAUAUAUUCAAUUAUUAAUAUACACAGGUAUUCACUAAGCGUACUCAACCCAUUUUUUUGGAUACAUUUUACAUGUAUUUAAAUUCUGAUUUUUGGAAUUUUUAUGUGUAGUUAAACCUGAUAUUUUCGAAUACAUAGAUUUUCACAACAUUUAAAAAAUACAUUUUAAGUUUGGGUAAUAGUAGAUUAGUGGAGUAUCAUUUACAGUGUUAGGAAUAGAUAAUAAAAUAAUUAUCUAGAUAAGAUAAUAGAUAUUUUUUAAUAUAAUCAUCUAGAUGAGAUAAUAGAUUAAUUUAAAUAAAACUUCAAGAUAAUACUUUGAUAAUUUAUAAAAUAACUAAAGUAUAGCUGAUUGUAAAACAAAUUGGUAAUUAUAAAUUUAAUAGACAUUAAUAUUUUAUCAUUUAUAUUUUAUUAUAUUUAUAUUAUGUUAUAUAGAUACAAUUUUCAAUUGUCAGUUAAUAAUUAUGAAAGUUAUUUUAUAUUAACAAAUUAUACCACUCUACAUAAAAUAUGAAAAACUUAAAAUGGUCAUUAUAUUACUUAUUCUUUAGUGGUCCUUAGGCACAAAAGUUUCUCCUUGUAGCCGAUUUUCUCUAGACAUCAGUAUUUGAUUACCUGCACUAAACAAUCUCUCAACUAAGGCUGAAGAGGUCAGAGUUGUAUUAUAUUUGAUAAAUACUUAUUUUACAAUUGGAUAUUGACUUAAUGUAUCAAAAGUUUUUGUCUAAUUUUUUAAAAAAAAAAUCUAAAAGAUUAACCCUUAAAAAUUUGCUAUUAUAUUGUAACCACUGUAGAUAUCAAACAAUUGAGAUGAUGUCAUAAUGCAUUCAAAAAAGUCAUCACUGCCUUCAGAUUUAGUAGACUGACUUACUGUAUGCUAUUUAUAGAACCAAUAAGAUUACAUUCAGACAUAAUUAACAAUUUGCAAGAUUGCAUGAAAACAGGUGGAACCCAGUUUAUUUUAAACUUUAGAUGGCUAACCGAUGCUAAAAUUAAUGGUUUGUUUCUAGACAGAUUCAAAUUUAAUACAGUUUUGAAUGAAGUUUUGAAGAAAAGUAUUCAAACUAUGUUCAUUAAUGCAAAUGUUGGAAUGAAAAAUCACAAAAAACAUGAAUCCUUACCUUGAAAUUUAUCUAAUGAAGUCACUAAUGGUUUUAUAACUUGACAAUAUUCUUGUAAAAAUGACCAUUCAAUACUUCUUAAUUUUGUUAAUUGUAGUUCAUUAAAUGCUUCAGAUACAUUAUUUUGGUGAAAAAAAAGUUUUUGAAAUGCAUCACAAAAAGUAUUCAAACGUGAUCCUACCAGCACAGGAAAUGUUAACUUACAUAUUUUAAACAUUUUAUCAAAAGCAGUUGUACUUUUAUUUAAAAUAUUCCAAAAGCAUUUAUUGUUUCAAAAUUACUUCUGGAAAUUGUUAGAUACUUUUGUUCUGCGAUAUUUGUAGUGUUAUUGUUGCAAUUAAGUUUAAUAUCUAUGCUGAGCAAGUCAUAUAAUUUGGCAGGAGAAUAAUUUCUUCAUCUGCAUCUAUAUGUUCAUUUAAAACAUAUUUUUGAAUAUUAUCAAUAACAGAUUACAUAUCAGAUACAUAAACAUCAAUAGAAAUAUUUAAAUCAUUUGUGUCAUCAGUUUUUCUGUCUGUGACUACAUUUGUAGCAAUAUAUUCUUAGUUCUAAAUCCAAAAAGCUUUUCCAAAGUUAAAGGUGUUUUCAAUGAUUUUGUUGGAUAAUUUUGUCACAUGUGAAAAUGUGAAAAAUUAUGUGAAAAUUAUUUAAUAUAUCAGUAUUUGCAAUAUUUAUAUAAUUGUGAGAACCAUGUAUAUGUCCACAAGCAAGAACAUAUUAUGUAGACCUUUUAAAUAUAGUUAUAUUUAUGAAAUAAACUGUCAUUCCAAAAUAAAUUGUACUAUCGCAGCUCUAUAUAUCAGCUGUUGUACAUUAAAAUUGUUAGUAAAAAAGUUGUCCACAAAAAAAAAAAUGUAAUAUUUUAUUAAUAUAUUUCAUACAUUUUCUUGUAUUUCCUUCGUUUUUCGGUUUUUCACAUUUGAAAAAACUCUUGAGAAAUUCUAAAAAUGUCCUCCCUAAAAUACUACCUCAAGAAUAUUUCCUUUCGGAAAAGGUUCUACAUCGUAUAUAUCAGAGUAAGAUUUCUGGUAGAAUUUUUGUACAUAAUAUAAAAAAAAAAAUAGACAUCUUUGUAAAAUCAAUACAUUGCUACACUCAGAAUCUAAAAUAAGUAUCUAUCUAAAAUCAAGUUAAAAAAAACAAUGUAAUUAUCAUCAUCUAUAAGAUAAACAAUAACUAAUACUACUGAACUUUAAUCAUCUAAAAUCGAUUUACUAAUGUAUAUAUUGACAUGCUUGGUUGGGGAAAAAAUUUUGGGUCUUGAUAUUCUACAAAAAAGAACUUCUUUCUUUCAAAAACCUCAUACAUGUUUUAGUAGGGUUAGGAUAUUAAUGGCUUUUUUUUCGUAUCGGUAUUACCUAACCAUCACCACCUGAAACUACCGUGAAAUUCCCGGUGGCGGCAGAAUAUUUAUGACCACGUAAACACCAAAAAUGCACGUAAAUAUGCCCUUAAAAAUUAUUACAUUUAAACAUUUCAUCACUAAUUAAAAAUAUACUCUAAAUUAAUAUACAAUUUUUAUUUUUACUUAAUAAUAAAAAUAUAUGACCUAUAAUAUAGUAAGUAUACGGCCCGAUGUAUUUGCACCGAAUUACCUCACCUGAUAAAUCCCAUAUAUUUUGAUAACGGUACAAAAUACCUACCUAAUAAUUAAUAUAAAAUGUCCUUAUUAUAUACAGAACCUCCGAAACCACCAACACUCGAUUUGGUUAACGUAUCGUGGACAAACAUCACUCUGAAUUGGACAAGAGCGCCAGACUCGUUCGCGGUUCAGCAAUAUUUACUCUCUUACAAAUACAUUUAUGUGAGAGUUUUAAACAUUUAUUAUUUUGAAAACCGGACAAUAAAUAUAAUUUUUUUUAUAUAUAUUUUUAAUAGGACCUUGAAAAUGUUUUCAAUGAAAUAUCUUUCAAACCUCAGGACACUGGUUAUACCUUGACAAACAUCAAAUGUAGCACUACAGUCUCAUUCAGUAUUUCGGCAGGUAACCGAGUGGGUCAUGGAAUUCAAAGCAGACCGUUACGCGUGACAACGUUGCAAGGAAAAUCGCCGACUGCCCCUCGCCAAAAUGAAGUACCAAUUUUUAAUAUUAAUAUUAUAUUUAAAACGUUAUGAAUACCUACACCUAUCUGUAAUAAUUGUGGACUGUGAUUUUAAAUUAUGGUUGUGUGUGUGUUUGUUUCAGGCUAUCGAACAAAUGAUGACUGGAUUUUUGAUUCAUCUGCAAAAAUGGAGUUCCCAACAUUGUCCAAUCACACAUUUUGCAGUGUUUAAGAGACUAUCUACAGAAAAAGAAUGGAUACCAGGUAAAUUUGGUUACCGUAUUAAAUAACCCGUAUUUAAAUAAUUUCAGUUCAAUGUAUUCUAUUAAAAUAUUGUUUAUCGACAUAUACAUCUUAUUAUCAAUACAAAAUUGAACGCUUGGGUUUUUUUUUUUUUUUAAUUGUAUCUACCUAAUAUAAUUUUGCACUUUUUCGGCUCUCAAAAUAAAAUAAUAAAUGUUAUUUAAUAUAAUAUUAUACUCCGGUUACAAUAUUUCUUAUUCUCUAGGAACUAACAAUUCAAAUUCUUAUAUAUAUAAUAUAUAACAUUCAUAUAUUAUUUUAGAUCAUGAAUCAUAAUAUAUUGUAUAAUAUUUUUUUAUGAAUCAAUUUGGGUUUAACAUUUUAUUAUUAUAUUCUGUUCGGAUAUUAUACACUACAAUAAUAUAUCGACAUAUAACUACCCAUUAUAUCCGAAAUAAUAUUACCCAGGUUCGAAUUCGAGAGGAGGGAACUAGAGCUACUUCGUACCUCAACUAUAAUUUUAUAGACAUUUUAGCAUACCUACCUUUAUUAUUUAUUUGAAAUACUUACUUGAACGAUACUUAUUUUUACACUCUUAUCAAAAUGCAUUUUCGUUAAAAUUUGAACAUUAUAAAAGUAUAUCUAAAUUACACUGAAUUCUUUGUACCACUGAAUGCAACUCAUGAAAAAUCUUGUGUUAAAUUUUCGAGCAUUUUUUGACUAGGCCAAAACAAUUUUAAUCACAUAAUAUCAAAUAAAAACCUAAGAAGAUCGAAUAUUUCUAUAAAUAACUGAAAAUUGAAUAUUUUAAAAUUUGUACAAAUUCUCAAAACCUUUAUUUUUAUAAAAAAUGUUGGCCUCUACAAUUUUGUUCACUGAAUUGAAACAAAACUAAAAUCGAAUAUAAAAGAAACAAUGGUUGUGUUAAUAUUACAUUUUUCCCUACGUUUUCUUGGUUUUUCUCCAUUAUUAAAAAUACAAGAAAUAUUUUUAAAAACUACUUUCUCAUUACACUAACUGGACAAAACCUUUUUUCUAACAGAAACGAUCACCCAUAAAGCUGAUAAUUAGACAGAUUUCAGGUGGAAAAGUUAUUUACAAACAGAAAAAUAUAAACUUCAUAGUAAAUCUAUAAUAUUAUAAUAUAAUCUAAAAUAAAUGUGUAUAGGUAUUAUGUAUAAACAAAAACUUAGCCUAUCAAACUAAUAUAUUCCUCGCUAUACUGAAAAAGUCUGUAUAUGGGGCUUAUGAGAGGCAAAUCAUCCCACGGGUUACGUUGAAAACAAUAAUUGUAAGGAACACUAAUUUUUUUUAAGUCUUAUAGUCCCUCUUUCGUUUUUCCAAUUUGAGUACAGUAUACUAAAUAAUAGUUUUAUUUUUACUUUCUCAAAAUAUGUUAAUAUUUUAAUAUUUAAUACACGUAUUAGUAUUCCACCUAAAUUAAACUAUACUUUCUUUUUUUUUAGUCAACGAAAACAUUACAUCGAAUACGAUAUACUCGGUCGAAUCUUUGAACCCAUCAACAAGUUACGACAUUUUGAUCAAAUGUGUGAAUUCUGCUGGUGUCACUUCAUCAAUAUUUACUGCUUCAACUCUAAGGGACCCUAACGUUAAAGGUUAGUUAAAUAUUCAAUAAUAUGCCUAGUAUACUUUAGUACGAAAUGGUCACGAAUUUUACUUUUUUUUUUUAAUUAGUAUGAUGACUAUUUGACACAAAAUAUUAUUUAUAUCCAAAUAAAUUUUUGUAUUUAUAUGAAACAAAAUAUUCGCAGAUAACAUACAAACUAAAAAAUGUUAUUUUGAAAUCAAUAUUUAAAAAAAUAAAUUGUAUUUUUUUUUAGGAAUAACUACCAAAGAACCUGUGUCUGUGAAUGAAAAGAUAAUGCACACAAUUUACAGCAUCACGGUGAUGUGGCCAGCUGCGUUGGCUGUAGUGUCUCUUAUAUUCGUCUGUAUCUCUUUAAUAAUAUGUUACAAAUACCGUAAGUUUAAACUGUAGAUAGGUAUGUAUUAUAUAAGUUUUCGGAGUUCUUUGCAUAAGAUACCUUAAAUAUCAUAUUCCAAAUACUAUUUAUACACAACGUGUAUGUAAUAGUUAUUUUUACAUGCUCAUAAGUUGUUUAUAUUUCGUUUUUAAGGACAUUUGUACAAAAAGAACCAACGUAAUGUAGAAGCGAACAAUACAAUGUUGGAAAAUAAUGCCGCAUCUAAAACCGAAGUACAUUCAGAUGCAUAUGAGACAUGUGUACCGUUCAAGUCAAAGAGCACCAUAUCAACCAACGAAGAUCCAAGUAAAACAUUAACAUAUUAUUUACCGUAUUAAAUUUAUAUGAACAAUAUUAAUACCACUGAAAUAAUAAUUUUUGCAAUAAACAAUAGUAUUAAGUGUCUACUUGACCGUUAAAUAGUAUAUCUAUUUCAGUUGUAAUCAGUUAAUUUUUACUUAUAUAUUACCUAAUACUAUAAUAAAUUUACUUUACGUUUUCAAGACUACAACGAAAUCUCACCAUAUGCAACAUUUCAAAUAUCUCCUUCUAAAUCGCCAAAAAUGAUUAAACAGUACUUCUGCACCAAAUGCGGUGAAGAUUUGGAAUUAUGCAACUGCAACAAAAUAGUAACAGACAACACAUUUUUAAAAAUAAUAUCAUAUUAUAUUUGUUCAUAAUCAUCAUCCCAUUCAUAUUUUAGUACUGCUCGCAGGUGGAUUAUUCAAACUUCUUGAGACGGCCCAUACCAACACGACAACCAUCUUACUCCGAAAAUAACCACGAUGAUUCCGAAAAUAAUUCUAUCCAUGGAUUUUGUAAGAAAACCGUCAUUAUCUAUAUUUGAUAAAUUAAUAUUGUACUAAAUCAAUAAGAUGUAAUAACUGAUAAUAAGUCUAAAUUUAAUCUUUAUAAUUAACUACUGUAUAGGACCGCUUACGGGUCAUCAUAAUAUAAUAAUUAAAUAAUAUAUUUAGUCCGUGUAGUACCGAUUUACCGACAACUCUAUUUGCUGAUACCCGAUUUGCUGACGCCAACAAAUUAUUUAAUUAGACAUUAAUUAUAACGAAAUUAUUUAAUAAAUAUUUUAAAUUAUAUGGAAAAAUCGCCAACAUUAUUUGAGUCAACUAUCAAUAUACAAACAUUAUAGUAACUAAUCAACCUGAUGCGUUAGGUUAGGUUCAAGAGGAAAACGGAAAAUUAUUGUAUAUCAAGUAUUUCAUUAAAUAGGUAUGCAAAACGUACAUUACUUGAAGAAAAAUCUAGUAUUAUUGUCAUUCAAAUUAAUUGUAAUUACUAUACCUACCGUUUUUUCACAAACGAUAAUCUUUCUUCUAUAAAUUGUCAUAUUUAGUUUUCGUUUUUUGUGGUCGAUUACAGUUUUUUUGUGUUACGGAUUCAAACUCGAAGUUUUACUGGUUUUUAUCUGUUUAAUCAGAGUAAUAAUGUUUGCAAUAUUCUAGAUUUUUAUUAAACCGUCCGAAAGCUUUUAUUAUAACUAUCAAAGAUCUACAAAAAUACAUUUCAAAGGUGUACAUAAAUACUUGUGGUGUAUCAAUAUACAAGAAAGAAAAAAAUAAACAUGAGUGGAAUCCCACUCUCAGUGGAGUGGCCCCGGUCUUAGUCUAAGAAACGUAUACUAAGUCAUAUGGUCUUUGGCGUAAGAGUCGCCUUAUAUCUUGAGAGUUGCCGAGUAGUUAAAUUGCUGCUGGAUUUGUAUGUUGACCCAGCCUUUAUUCAUGUAUGCGAGCAAACUUGAUAAUCUAAUUUUGAACGGAGGUGAUCACAUAACCCAGUAGAUAAUGUCGUUUCUGUCAUACCGGUAUGUUGCAACAAUAGUACGAAGAGCGAUAUUCUGGCAACGUUGAAUAAUCUCAAUAUUGAACUUGCUGACACAACCCCAUAAUAUAAUUCUAGAAGUCCAUAUUGGAAAAAAAAAGAGGUCUAAAAACGGUUUUUUUUCAUUUUCCACGAUUAUAAAAUAAACUACAAGGAAAAAUUAUUAUAACAAUGUUUAUUGUAUUAAUUUAAAAAAAAUAUAUAUAUAUUUUUAAUAUUUUAUUGUAUUUUUGUAUAAAUUAGAUGAUAUCGAAAGAAACUCCAAGACAUGUGAACCCAUGAAGAAGCCCAAACGUAGAUUGUUACCCUUGCCCGAGUAAGUAUAGUGCAUAAUAUUUUUUCCGAUUAUUGUAAACUGCGCCCAAAGUAAUCAUAAAAUCACAAAUGGAAACUGCGCCCGAGUUUUUAUCAAGUGUACAAAAAUAUUUGACUUAUGUCAUCCUUUUUCUCAGUAAAAUUUUAAAAAUGAAUAACUACAUUUUUGUAAAAACAAAUAAACAAAAGCCGGACAAUUUCGCACGUAGACCACUGAUGUAGUUGAGAAGUUGAGAAGGUAGAAGAGGGAAAAUUUAAUAUAUAACUGUAAGCAACAAUAAACCAUUGCUAACAAAAAACAAUUCUGAGCAAAGUUCAGUUGAUAAUUUUACUUUGUCUACAAUAUUUAUAUGUCAUAUUAUAGUAAAAUAAUUUCAUAGGCAUUAUAUAUUUUCUUUAAUAAAAUAUUUGUUUAAUAUUGUAUCUAUUUUCAGGUUUUUCAUAAAUUUUUCUCGGUCUCCCCAUGUUUUUCCAGGAGUUUUCUUAAUAAAUGGAAAAAUCCUGGAAAAAACAAAAAACCUCAAUAAAGUACCUCCCCAGUCAGAUUCAGAGCAAAAGUACUGGUAGAAAAGUUGUUCACAAGAAAAAAAAAGCCGUAAUAUUUUACUAAUAAAUUGUGUACAUUUUACCGUUUUUCCUCCGUUUUUGUCCAGUUUAUAUUAUUAUAUUAUUUAUAUUACGAUUAUUUAUUUAUGAGUAUUAACCAUUUAAAUAAUUUUGUUUUAUUUUAUUAUUUUAUUAUUUAAAAAAUGUGUUUAUGUUUUACUUAUUACAACACAGUAAACCAUCAUGGCAUUUACUGUUGUAAAAUAUUCCCCUAUUCUUACAGUUACAUUUUUUUUUACAAUAAAAUCUUCAAAAAAUCUUGGCCACAACUUUUGGAAACAGCUGUCGAUACCUGUCUCAAAGAUAUCGUUCGGAUAAGAUGUCGUUUAAUGAUGUCAAUUUUUCUUUGCACACUGCAAAUUGAUUUCGAAUGUACAGCUGAUUGAUAAUCUCAUAUUUUGUUCCUAAUUUGUAGAAAUUAUUAUGAACGUCCAUUACUACGACCAAGAUAUUUUUUAGAAUCCAUAUGAGGCCGGUCAAUAUGACAAUAUCUAGAACACGCACUCGAACAUUAUCACUCACUUUUUGGUUGGACGAUUGCAAGAUUAAAUUUGCUUGUAUUUAAAGUCAAUUUAGUAUCAUUUCUCUAUUCUUAAUUGCAUUUUCCUUCUUUUCAUUUAUGUCUCACAUUUUUACAACUUAUAUUUUUAAUACCUUUUUUUUUUUUUUAAAAUUACAUAUUUAAUAAUUAAUUUUGGCUUUUGUCGUCACUUUUAUUAUUGAGCUUACUUCAUCAUUUAUUUGCUUGAAUCGUCACUUUUACCGUCAGAUUCCUGCUCUAUUUUAUUUUUAUCAUUUCCUUUAUUUUCUAGAUAGGUUUGAGGGACUCUUAAAAAAUUCUUAACACUAAAAAAUAAUACGAAAUACGAAAAUACCUUUUAGUAUACAUCGCGCUUCAAGUGUAGUCAACGUUCACCAAGCACUAAUUGUAAAUGUCAACAAUCGCCGGUAUUUUGGUCAACAUUCACUACGGUUACUGGUGGAUGUCAACAUACACUGGUGACUGUCAACAUUCAUCAACUGCGGUCAUACAUCUUAACAUACAUGUCAUAUUAUAGUAAAAUAAUUGAAUAGGCUUUAUAUGUUUUCUUUAAUAAUAUUUGUUUAAUGUUUUACCGAUUUUCCUAGUUUUCCUACGUUCCCAUGUUUUAUCUCGGUUUUUUACGUUUGCUAGGAAUACUCUUGGGGACCUUUCUAAAGUAUCUCCACAGCCUGAUUUUCUUUUUAGAAAAAUGUCUACAAUAACAUUCUAUUUUAUUUUUUAACACUCAGUAUGACUUAUAAUGAAUCUCCUGUUAAAUUUUUAAGCAUUUCUGUUAGUCUAACAAUUUUAUUCAUAGAGUACCUACCUAAAACUACGUACAAUUAAAAUGUCUAAAAGUACUUCAAAAAUGGCUUAAAUGUUUUGAAAAUUUUACCACAUUUAGGAAAAGCAAACAUAAAUUUUAUGUCAAAAUUACAAGGCUCUACGAUUGUUUUUAUCUGAAUUAAAAAAACCAAAACUAAAUUUAAAAUAAUAAAAACAUUAUUUUUGUAAAUUUUCCUGUUCUUUCUAAGUUUUUUUUCAGUUUUGCUCAAUUAUUAAAAGAAUAAAUAAAAAAUCAAAAAACGACUUCCAUACUAAUAAAAUAGAUAAAUAAUGCAACAAUUAAAUCGUUAGUUUUUAAUUUAAGUAAUAUUUCUAGUAGAAAACAUAGUUUGCAAAAAUUAGGAACAAUAAAAUCUAUAACAUUGCGGUGCGCAUUGUGCCAAAAAUAUUUGCCGUUUUUCCGGGUUUUCCCAAUUAUUAUGAAAAUUCCUUAGAAAUUAAAAAAAUAAUACUUAAUCACAAUAUAUACAAAAUAGAUACAAUUUUCUUUCAGAAAAGGUUCUACACUUCAUACAUUAAAGCAAGAUUUUUGGUAGAAAAGUUGUUCACAGACAGAAAAAAAUAUAUAUAUCAUAGUAAAACCGAUCUCUCCGAAUCUAAAAAACACAUAAUCUGUAAUAAUUCAAUGCUUGGGACAAAUAAUAACAUUUUGAUCAAUUAGUGUUUCAUUACAGUUAUAUCUAUUUAGAAUUUAUUGUCCACGGUUAUUUUUGUUUUAGAAUUUCGAUAUUUUAAAAAGAAAUAAUCGUAUUUAAUACACUAUUUAAUUUAAUGAUAUUUCUGUUCGUAUUUCUUUUAACGUUCCUAUUAAGAUUUGUUGAUCCAAAACGAUUGUUCAUAAUUUCCAAAAUGUCUUCACUUUGAAAAUGUUUCAUAAAAAAUUUAUAUUACCAAUUAUUUAUUUUAUAUUAUGCAAGUAAUAUUAAGUCCAGUUAACUGCACCAUUAUUACUGAGUAUAAAAUAUUUGAAUCGAUGUAUUUUAUGAUGGACUUUUUUAAAGUGUAACAGGUGUGAGUUCGAGAAAAUUACAAAAUUUAUUGUUAUAGUAUACUUUCAUUCAGUUCCCAUGGUAAUAAUAAUAUUGAUUUUCUAGUGCUAGACGCGGAUCACACCAUAUUCCCAGAGAAUGCAGAAGCGCCAACUUACACGAGACUACGUUUAUGAUGCCUAUCCAACAUCAACAACAUCACAGAAUGUGCACACACAACGAUGCAGAUGACGAAGGUACCGGUAUGAGCUCCGGCCGUGGCUCCAGAUAUGCUUCGUACAGAAUGGGCUAUUAAUUGAACUACAUCACGAAAAUACAUUUUAACAUAUUAUUAUUAUCCAAACCAGUUAAUUGGUCUUUUUAAUUAUUACCAUUAUUAUUAUUAUAUAUUACUAUAUAAUUUAUCAAUGUUUAUCCAAAAAUUAUAUUUAACCGAAAAAAGAAGAUAUUAUCUAUCUACGUUAGACAAAAAUUUAAAAAUGAGUGUCAUUCCAAAAAAAUUAUAAGUGUUAACACAAUAAAAUAUUAUUCCUUUUCAAGCUG